CGGCCCUGCCCGGCUUCCGUAACGGGCCAACAUGGCGGCGGCCGCGGACGUGCCGGUGCGGGUCUGUCACCAGGAGAUCGUCCGCUUCGACCUGGAGAUCAAGGCGGCCGUGCAGGACAUCCGCGACUGCGCCGGGCCGCUGCCGCUGCUGGCCGAGCUCAACGGCCGCGUCAAGGACAAGUUCCAGCUCCUGCGGCGCCGCCUGCAGGAGCUUGAACAGAUGGCCAGGGAACAAGAUAAAGAAUCGGAGAAACAAGCUUUACUCCAGGAAGUUGAGAACCAUAAAAAACAAAUGCUCAGCAAUCAGGCAGCUUGGAGGAAAGCAAAUCUAGCCUGCAAAAUUGCUAUUGACAACUCUGAGAAAGAUCAGCUGUUGCAAGGAGGAGACCCCUUGAGACAAAGAAAAACCACAAAGGAAAGUCUUGCAGAGGGCGCAAGUAACAUCACAGAGAGUCUGAUGGGCAUUAGCAGGAUGAUGUCUCAGCAGGUCCAGCAGAGCGAGGAAACCAUGCAUACACUAGCCAAUUCUUCACGAACCAUUCUGGAUGCGAAUGAAGAAUUUAAGUCAAUGUCUGGGACAAUACAGCUGGGGAGAAAGCUCAUUACCAAGUACAAUCGAAGGGAACUGACGGACAAGCUGCUCAUUUUCCUCGCCCUUGCCUUAUUUCUGGCCACAGUGCUGUACAUCCUGAAAAAGAGACUCUUUCCAUUUUUGUGAAGUGCCAAAACUUAAGAACCACCAUGUAGCAUGAAAGAUCAGGAGAGAGGGCAGUGAGGAGGUUCGUUGUAAUGGGGACCUGGCACUGAUCUGGUUGAAAGAGGGUUGGAACAGACAGGACUUGAUAUUGUAUAAAUGGAAUAUGUGACCUGACCAGGAAGACACAGGAUUUUGCUUUCAAAUGAGCUUGUGGAAGAGAAGUGAAAGUGAAGUCUGGAGAGAAGAAACAUCCUUCUGCUUGCUUAGUUUGGGAACCCAAGAGGCACUUGGUGAACUUUCAUGGGACAGCAUCAGUCUUAAUCCUCACCCUCUCUCCUCUCAGUGUGAAAUCUAAUUUUACCUUAGGGAUUGGAUCAUCUGUAGCCCUGCCAGUGGCAUGAAAGGUGCCAAGAAUUAAGCAGCAGAAGGGUGAGAGAGAGAGAACAAAUUCAAAGGAAAUAAAAACCCCAAGCUAAGAUACAUUCCUUUAUUAAACUAAUCGUUUUGUCCACAUAAAUCAAGUCUUAUUUGAAAGAAGGAAAUACUCGUGGAUUAAAGGAGACUCUAUUAUACACAUGAGAUUUUACACCCAUUUUAAUGGUGAAUCUGUUGUUGUCUUAUAAAAGUGGCUCCUUCUGGGGUGGAAUGAGUUGACAGAGACUCAUGCUGCCAUUUCCUGUGGUGAGCUCUAACUUGCAUAUUGUCUUGUAAUGCAGGGUACAUGUUGUAAUGCCUUCAGGCCAAAGUUUUCUCUCAGAACAUAGUUCAGAUGUGCUCCAUGGCUCUAUUUCACGUCUGCUUGGAGGUCUUCAGUUAAUAUCAGAGUAAAAAAGCCUGUUGCUUUGAGCACAGUUUAAGGAUGAUCAUGUUUUUCCACUGCUGGAUAAUUGCAUGCCGUUACUGUAAACAAUAUAGGGCUUGUAUUAGGAUUCCCUAAGGCACACUAUAAAGUCAUAAAACAGGAUUUCAGUAGAGGCUACCAAAAGAGAGAAAUCAAAGCAAAAACAAUGCAUCUCUUAUCAUGAACCCUAAAGGCCACCUGGAGCAGAACUUAGGUUGACAUUGUCUCUCACGUUUUGUUUUGUUUUUUUUAAUUCUGCAUUGAUCAAAAGACAAAAGCACAAAUGCAUCCAAUGUGUCUGUUAUUUAUAGGCAUAGCUUUAUGAAAAUCACAAAGGCAAGGAACGUCAAAAAAUCUUUAGUUUCUUAGUUUCCCUUCUUUAUAAACAUUCACUUCAUAGUAGCACCUGCUAUGGGCCAGCUCAAACACUUGAAAGUGAUCCUUAUUUCCAGAGUUUGCCUCUCUUGAUUAGCAGAAAUGAAUGUGUCCAUUUGCUUAAUAGUGCAUGCAUUGAUAGCAAUACAUGUGGUAUUGUGCAGUAGCAAGAGAAGGAUGCACAGCGUCGGCAACUGAUAUCUGCCACAUUUUGGAAGUGUUUAACUGCUGCUUUGCUGCCAUCAGGAGAGCUUGCUUUGGUGAUAGGUUUAGCAGUUUACAAGUCAAGAUAAAAAAGGCAGCCCUGGAUAGAAUGCAGGUUGUGCUUCCCAUUAUUUUAACGGAAAUCAAGUUUGGGACUAAAUCCAGGAUGAGGCCCUUUAAAGGUUAAGUUCCACGUGGGAGACCUUACGAGGGUAAUGGCAUUUCCUGCGGAAAGAACUCUUUGUCUGCAGAGUUCCCUUACACAUAUGACCAGCUGGCAUCGCUUCUCUUUUUUUGUCAGCUUUAGUCAAAGGUGUGAGUUUGGACCGUACUAUCUUGUAAUAAUCCAGGUCUACGCGUACCAUAGCUGCAGGGGUGAGUGGGUGACUACUCGCACGCUACAGGGCUUUGUAUGGAGAGUUGAAGAAGCAGGGCUAUUUCUUCCUGUGGUGGGAAGGAAACUUCUCAGGCCUGUUGUCGUACUUGGUACGUCCAGUAGAGGGCAGUGGAGUGUGAACAUGUAACUCAUUUCAGAGGCUUCUCCAACAGAUCCUUGCUGUAGCUAAUCUAGGAAUUCAUAAAGUGCUCAUCUAUCACAGUUCUUCCUACUGUCCCUCACUGUGCUGUUUGUCUUGAAUCUUCCUAAUUGUAUAUUUCUGCAUUGUGGGAGAGUCCCAAGUUUGGGAUAAACUGUAUAACAUAAAUGUUAUGUUGCUGAAUAAAGCUGGAAACGCCUCUGUCUGAUCAUAAUUAUAUGCAUUUAUUUUAUACCUUCAUCAUUUGGCUUUCUAAUAAAUAUUUAGAAGUCCUGUUA